GAGUAAUAAUACUAAAACAUGUGCAUCCACAGAAAUUUAAGGAUUUGGUGUGGGCGACUGGUGUGAUCUGUUGAAUAAAUUUGAAAGGAACGCAGUAAAAUUUCGACACAAAAACAGAACCUGAUGGAGAUGAAGAUGGUGGACUGAGUUGAGACAUCAGUUUAAUUUAGCACAGGGUGAGAAAGGAGCUUUACAAAUAAGCAAAGAGACAGCAUUUUGAGAUCAGUGAGCAUCUCUGCCACUGUGGUCUGCCUUUUGUUUAUUUUCUCUUCUGUUUUCCAAGCCUGAGGCAGAAGUGACAAAGGAUGACAAAACAGCUGUUGGAAGUUUUGCCCGUCCUCACAAACGCCCCCAUUUGAAUUACAGACACACAUUGUGUGGCGAGUGCUCAGUGGACCUGGAUUGUCACCGACAUGGACCUGCACUGUCAGCUUCUAGUCAUUGCCUUCAUGCUGCCCUCUGCCCCCGGUGACCUCAAAAGCAACAGCAGCUCACCUGAGAAUUCCACCUUCUCAUCUCUUGAUGCAGCAGCAAACUUUACUAACCAGAUGAGAGCAGCAAAUGUCACCAGCCGUGGCCAACCUGGGGAGCUUCAUCCGUUUGAGUACGACUAUGAAACACUGCGCCUCUGUGGCUUGGUGACUGCAGCCGUCAUUGCCGUAGUCGGACUCCUCCUCCUGAUUGCCUGCAAAUUCCGAUGUAGCCGACAUAAUAAAAAAUUUAUCAUUCAAGAAACAAAAGAAAAGCAAAGCACACAGCUCCUGUCCUUGCGCCCACUGAAUGUGGAUCAAUAAUUAAAGAGAAGGUGUGUGGAGGCGCAU